CAUGGCGGUGUUGAUAUGCCUUAUCUUCAGUGUGCUGUCCACCAUCACCCAGUAUGAAGACUUUGCCAAUGAGACUCUCUUUUGGAUGGAGAUCUGUCUCGUUGUGUUCUUCGGCGUGGAGUACGCCGUACGGAUGUGGGCUGCCGGUUGCAGGUCCAAGUACAUGGGCUUCUUGGGUAGAAUACGUUUUAUAAGGAAACCAAUUUGUAUCAUAGAUCUCAUAGUAGUGGUAGCGUCCGUGGUGGUUCUCUGUGUGGGGUCGAACGGCCAGGUGUUCGCCACUUCAGCCAUAAGAGGGAUUCGAUUCCUGCAAAUCUUAAGAAUGCUCCACGUGGACAGACAAGGAGGCACGUGGAGACUGUUGGGCUCCGUCGUCUUCAUCCACAGACAAGAGUUGAUAACUACACUAUACAUCGGGUUCUUGGGCCUCAUCUUCUCCUCGUACUUCGUGUACCUCGCUGAGAAGAAGGAUGAUGACGAGGAGGAGGCAGAAGGCGACUUCUCCAGCUACGCCGAUGCCCUCUGGUGGGGGGUGAUAACUGUGACGACGAUAGGCUACGGUGACACCGUCCCCAGGACCUGGAUGGGGAAAAUUGUUGCCUCCUGCUUCAGUGUGUUCGCCAUAUCCUUCUUCGCUCUUCCUGCUGGAAUCUUGGGCUCCGGGUUCGCCCUCAAAGUACAACAGAAACAGCGUCAGAAGCAUUUUAACCGCCAGAUCCCAGCAGCCGCCAUGUUGAUCCAGUGUCUAUGGCGCUGCUAUGCCGCAGAUAAGCAUUUCAAUUCCACUGCGACCUGGAAGAUCCACUUGAAAGACCCGAACGCCAACAGCAACUCUCAGUCCACUCCUCUCAGCAAGGAGAGUUCUCUGAAUACACCACUAAGCAAGAUGGCGAAGAGGGCAAGUGUAUUGCGGAGAAGAAAAUCCAAAAGCAAGAUGGAUGUUUCGUCGGCCCCAGAGUGCUCGAGCAGAAGAGACAGCGAAGGUGACAUGGUCUUCUACGUUGAGGAGCCUAGGGCAGCUGGAACGCCUAGCCGAAGCCGUCGGGAAGGAGGACCAAGGACUUCGGCGUUACAUAGUCAAGCCUCCUCCGUCACCGAAGUAGCCUCCGAUGACAUUGAUCUCGACAAUGACGAACCUCAGGGCUUUACCUCACUGACUGAGGCUCACCGCAACGCCAUCAGGGCCAUCAGAAAGAUCAAGUAUUUCGUGGCAAGGCGGAAAUUCCAACAAGCCAGAAAGCCCUAUGACGUGAGAGACGUUAUUGAACAAUACAGCCAGGGGCACCUCAACAUGAUGGUCAGAAUUAAGGAACUUCAGCGUCGGCUUGAUCAGACUUUGGGCAAGCCUGGAAGCUAUUUAAGUGGUAUAGACAAGUCUGGCAACGUUAAGCCUAUGACCAUCGGGGCGAGGCUCUAUAGAGUUGAACAACAGCUGGUGCUCCUUGACAAGAAACUGGACCAGAUGCUGUUUGUGUGUAAUGCCUUGGCCCAGAAGAGCCAGCAGCCUGAGCUCCGGAAUAACGAUGACCACGUAUAGUGAUGCCAGUCCAUCCUGUGUUACAGGUCCUGUAGUAACUGUACAUAUUCUAGCCAAUUUGUUAUUUUGGGUUUUUUUGCUUAGAAAAAGGACUCGCCACGUAAACGCUUUAGUAAUUGAGAUUGAGAUCUACUAGAGAGCUUCGAUCACCUGAUCUUUCACAGUUAUGGAUUCUUCAGUAUAUAUAAGAGGUAAUAAAUAUAUUUAUUUUUUAUUGUAGAAUAUUGAUGGAAAAAUGGAAAUUGGAUUAGUUUUAUUGUGGUAUUUGAUUGGUAAUUUGUCAAGAUUUGUGUUUUAAAUCUUUGAGAUUUGGGAAAUAUGAUUGAUCAAGUUAGAAAAUACUAAAGGUUGUUACCCGGAAAGGAAGGAAUUGUGUAACUGUCAAAAUCUUCACUGUGGGAUGUGAGUUCAUAGAUUACAUUUUUCAAGGAAAUAAAUAGCAGUGAUAUUUUUUCUGAGUUCUCCAUAAAUUGUACUGAUGUAGGAUAACUGAAAUUCAGUAUUGAAGUUUGAAAUGUGAAUCGGGUAUUAAUAUUGUAGGUGUAUAGUUAAGUCAAAGUCAAAAAAAGUAAUAUUUUUGUAUUGUAAACUUUACGGUACGAUCAUAAGGCUAUAUAGAUAUGCCAUUCAAACAUAUUGGCCAGAUAAGCCAACUAAUUUUUGUACAGCCUGUCCUAAUUCAUUCUAGUUCAACACCGGUUGAAUUCAUUCUAGUUCAACAUUCUAGUUAAAAUGUUUUAAAUCAAGUAUUAGAACAGUGUAAAACAUAGGUAAAUAUGCUCUAAAGGAACACUAAUUAAGCAUAAUUAUUUUGUCUAUAUAAUUAACAAAUUAUACAGACAUCCUUCAAACUUUAUCUAAUCUUAAGUGAAUUUCUGUCAGCUGGAGUACAAUACUUAUUAUCAUCUUAUCUAUCCUCCUCAAAAAAAAAGUAAUUAUUAUUAAAAAAAUACAUAAAUCACAUCACUGAUUGAAGAAAUUAAUGACAAUCCAUCUCGAGAAUAUUAUUAUUGUAACACAGAGAUGAAUGUUAGCUCUGGUGUAAUGGUGAGCACAUUUGUGAGAGCACCUGACUCAAUCCUGCACAGCACUGAAUGAUUCCUUCAUUCUGACCAACACACUUGGCUUGAAUUGAGGAAAUGAGUGUAGAACGGCCGGCAGAUUUAUUUAUUUAUUUAUUUAUUUAUUUAUUUAUUUAUUUAUUUAUUUAUUUAUUUAUUUAUUUAUUUAUUUAUAUACAAGAAGGUACAUUGGGUUAGAGAGAAUACAUAGCACAGUAUUUGCAAUCUUGUAAAGACACUACUACGCGCAGCGUUUCGGGCAGGUCCAGAUUAUCUGAAAGGGGGUACACAGGGCACUGAAAACCUAACAGGGGCACUGAAUAACGUAACAGAGCACUAGAGAAGGCAACAGGGCAUUGAAUAACGUAACAGAGCACUAGAGAAGGCAACAGGGGCACUGAAUAACGUAACAGAGCACUAGAGAAGGCAACAGGGCAUUGAAUAACGUAACAGAGCACUAGAGAAGGCAACAGGGCACUGAAUAACGUAACAGAGCACUAGAGAAGGUAACAGGGCAUUGAAUAACGUAACAGGGCACUGGAUAAGGUAACAGGGCAUUGAAUAACGUAACAGAGCACUAGAGAAGGCAACAGGGCAUUGAAUAACAUAACAGAGCACUAGAGAAGGCAACAGGGGCACUGAAUAACAUAACAGAGCACUAGAGAAGGCAACAGGGCAUUGAAUAACGUAACAGGGCACUAGAGAAGGUAACGGGGCAUAUAAUAACAAAACCACUUCAUGUACCUAGUCCUGAAACCUAAAUCUCAACAAAGCCUAGAAAAUUAUUCUUUUAGUUAUUAUAAUUAAAUUAGCAUUAGAUAAUUAAUUACAUAAUAUAAUUCAUUUUUGGUGUAUUAUUUAUUAGAUUAAGUGAUUAAAGUUUGAGUGGAUUUAAGUAGGAGCUGCCUCGUAUGGACCAAUAAGAGCUGCCUCGUAUGGGCCAAUAAGAGCUGCCUCGUAUGGACCAAUA